ACGAUCAUUUAGAAACAACCCCUGCAAGCGUGCGUUGGUAGUGAUACCAGACGGCAACAUAACAGACCGUGCUCGUUGCAAUGGAGCUUUCUUCAGUAGGUGAACGUGUUUUUGCAGCGGAGUGCAUUCAAAAGAAACGAAUACGAAAGGGUCGGGUCGAAUACUUGGUGAAGUGGAAGGGAUGGAGCCCAAAGUACAACACUUGGGAACCAGAAGAAAACAUAUUAGACGUACGCCUACUCGAAGCCUUCGAAGCGAGUCAGCGAGAGAGGGAAAGCAACCCAGGAAAAAGAGGUCCUAAGCCUAAGAAAGAACGAAGUUCGAGUGUUGGGGAUGUAUUGGAUUCAAGAGGAGAUUGGAAAUCGGUCCAAAGACUAUGGAAUGACACAACAGAAGAGGAGGAACAAGCACCAAGAACCGAAGAGGAAGUCUUUGAGUCCACAGAACCUGCAGCUGAGACUUCAGCCCUCUCAUCCAGUUUUAUUGUGGGAUCUGACGAAAAUCCGAUAACUAAAAAAGAAGGGUUUAAACGCAAAGCUGAUUCGUGGAAAGACGAAGGGACAUCAAGUCAGGCGACAGAUGAUAUCAGUUCUAAUGAUGCUAGUGCUACAGCAACCUCUCUGCCUUCUAAAGUGUCUAAGACUGUAAAUUCUACUAUGAGUUACGAACUAUCCACUGAUGUCUCUACACCUUUCUCCUUGAACGGUAAACGACCAGUGUCCAUCACAUCUCAGUCCAGUGUUCAAGUUGACACAACACCGAAUAAAGUUAGCAAGGCAAGUGACAAUAAGAAUCCUGUUGGACGUCCGUCUUCGGAAACACUUUCCGUUUUCAGCAGUACGAUCACUGGAAUUUCCAAAAAUUCAGCGUCAACUGUUCCGGCUAAUCAAAUCGAUUCUCUCGGAUUGCACAUGACAGUUAAAAGUGGUCAGCAGGCACGUGGGUCCACCAAAGUUCCGGUCAGUGGGGAAGCUGGAAACACCGCAGUUACACUGGUUAAACCUCCUUUAAAGUACGUGGAAAUGAAUGGGACGGAUGAAGCUCAACACGAUGCUGUAGGGGCUACUUCGCCCCCUGGAGCGGGAAAUAACUCGGACCAGGAAAACCAUAAUGAGGACGGCCUAACCCCGGUUGUCGCCAAUGGAACAGCUGUUCGGGGGAAAAAUAUUUUGACUCCCGGCUCGUUGCUUCAACCCAAGCAUAACAAUAACCAAGUAAUCGCGCCUAAUAAGCCUAAUAUUAAAUGUGACCCCAUAAGCUCAGCUCCCGAGUUUUGGCAUCGUCAAAACAGCCUAGUUGACCAGAUUUUCAUUACUGAUGUCACUGCUAAUCUGGUGACAGUGACUGUACGAGAGAGCAGAACGCGACUUGGAUUCUUCAGGGAUCGUAGUGACGAGGAAAGGAAGAAAGCGAGCGAGAAACAAACAGAGUUUCGAGAGGAAGAUUUAAAGUGAUGUUAUUGAUGGUGUUGGCGAGUGAUGUCACGGUAGAAGAAGAGACUGUGUGAUUGACGGCCUAUACAAAUAUGACAGAUGAAGCUGCGGGGUAGCAAAGCAACAAGGACUGUCAUGAAACUUCACAUUUACCGGAGAUGUUAAAAAAAAUAAAGUGUGUAUUUUUCAACUUAUUUUUGGUACGUCAUGUAUUAUUGGUGACGACACGAUUCGUCGGUAGAUCUAGAUCAAGACGGAUUUUUUACUUUUUUUUGUGUGAACAUUUAAGUGUUGACAAUAACAACUUUAAGUUAUGAACCUGUAAAAGUAAAGAACGAGGCCUUCCACUUUGGAUCUUUCUGCUGUUAUUCAAAAAUACCAGUGGGUGUAUAUCGUAUAAGAUAGUGGAAUAAAUCUUUAUAACAGAGUGCAAAAAAGCUGUCUUCUACGCGACGACUGACUUUUAUGGAAAUUAGAAAGACAUGCUCCUGUGUGAGAGCGUUGUUUGGAGAGAGAGGAAUUAUUAUGGCGUUUAUGUUGACAAGGGAGGUGCAUCGACACGCCCUCUGUGAGACAUCGGUUACUUAUUCACGUGCAGACCAGCGUUAUGGUUGGUGCUUUCAGAAGAGGAGCGAGCGCCUAGUUAGUAAUAUAUGUUGAUCACGUGAUUUGUGAAGGCGGAUCUAAGUGUGACGUCUCAGCAGUGGGAUAGUGUUGGGUCACGAACCAUGAGCGGUUGUUGAGGAAUAGAGAAGAUGGUAAACAAUCAAUAACGAUGAGUAGGUGAGGAAGGAAUAUUAUCGAUGAUUCAGGCCGUUAGGGUGUGUGUUUUGUUUUUAAGGCGGCAGGAUGUCUGGAAGUGGAUGUGUAGAAACAUGGACAUGUGCAGUUAUAAAUAUAUAUAAUUAAUCUGUAUGUACAAACUAUAAAUAUUUUCUUUUCUUUGCUUAUACGCGAAUUUAAAUGCUUAAGAUUGCAAGGCUAAAUAUCAACUGACACUCUUAAAGCUGCUUUUGAUGUAUCUAUAUAUAUAAAAGAAUCACAGUUCUUGAAGUUACCACAAAUGUAAUAUAACGAUAGAAAGAAAUCUAACUGUUCUUGUUCAACGUGUUCUAAGUGCAAGUUUUGUGUAAAAGGCGAGUUUAUAGUAAAUAUUAUACAGAUCUUUUUGAAAAGAAAAAAAUUGAACUAAAAUUGCCUUUGCUAAUGAAGUUUCUCAUUGUACAUUAAUUUCAGAACUAGAACUGUUCUCGGCUGCGGGUUUGGGAGUUGAUGUAUGAUGAAUUAUGCAGUUGUCUUACGUUUCUGGUCCACUAACACUUUGUUAUCAUUGUAUGCCAGGGUUAUGUUUAUGACUUGUAUUGUUGGAAUAAUGUAUUGAGUAAAUAGCUCCAAAUUGUUUCUUUAGUUUUAUAUAAGAAAAAUAAUUUAUAUGUAAAAUUCAGAAAUGCUUUCUGUUUUAUUGUAAAAUUUUGACAAAAUCGGGAUGAAUAGCUUUUCAAAUGUGAAGUUCAACUUUUCAAAAUAUUUUUCUUGUUUUUCUUGAAAGUUAUAGAAAUAUUCUUAUAUGUUAAUCUAUUAUCAAGCAUGAAUUUAGAUAACUUGUUAGUUCUAAACGGAAACUAGCAUAUAUAUAUAUAUAUAUAUAUUCUAACUUCCUUAAUCAAUGUACAGAUGUGCAUAUUCUGAAACCUUACGUUCAGUGGAAGUUAACAGAAAGAAACAUGAACUGGCUUUGAUGAAAGUUUAGUGAAUAAUUAAAACAGGCCUAGAGGUUAUUUUUUAGGGUGAUGUAUUUACUUUUUUGGUUUUAAGAUUACAUUAUGUUGGAUUCAUAUGUAAUUAAGUGGAGUAGAAGAAGCUAUUACCUCCAGGCUUUUCAAUCAUUUAAAAUAGCGUUUCAUUGGGUCUGUUAGAUUGCGUGUGUGUGUUUUUGUUGCACUCUGCAUGCCAAUCAUUCAUUAAAACAAGUUAUAUUUCCUCCAGCAUAAAUAGCGGUUACUUUUACUCAUAGUGAUCAUUUUCUGGUUGAAGAGAUAGCAGUAUAUGAGAUUAUGUGCUUAAUAGUUUAGACAUUCCUGUUCCAAAAGUUGUGAUUACACUACUGAAAAAUUCAUUUUACGAACAUUUGUUAUGAUGGUGAACUGUAAAAUACUCUUUCUUUGAACUCCAAGUGUUGUCAGAUGCUUUUUUCACAGUCAGUGGGUGCAAAAAAUAUGCAUUACAUCUCAUGCCAACUUUGAGUGGCUCAACACGUGCUUUUAAGUUCAUUGAAAUAUGUUUGUAUUCUAAAUGUUUUUUAUUAUUUUGUCUAAACACUACAAGUUGUUGACUGACUGAAUCUUACAUUGAAAAAAAAGGAAUAUAUAUAUAUAUUUAUAAUUUUCUUUUAUUAAAUUAAAAGAGUGAAAAUCAUUCAAUUACGCUUGUGACUGAGAUGUGUAGACUGUGAAAAAACAAACUGCAACAAUACAUCUGUAUUAUUAUUUAUACGUGAAACAUAAUACUGUAACAAUACAUCAAUAUUAAUAUUUAUACGUGAAAAACAAUACUGUAACAAUACAUCUAUAUUAAUAUUUAUACGUGAAACACAAUACUGUAACAAUACAUCAAUAUUAAUAUUUAUACGUGAAAAACAAUACAUCAAUAUUAAUAUUUAUACGUGAAAAACAAUACUGUCUAAUAACAGCGAAAAUGUAAGCAAAUGUGCUUACUCCUCUGUGGUUUUCCGUUAUGUAUACUCCUCUGUGGUUUUCCAUUAUGUGUACACCUUCUCUGUGGUUUUCCGUUAUGUUUACGCCUUCUCUGGGAUUUUCCGUUAUGUGUACUCCAUCUCUGGGGUUUUCCGUCAUGUCUACUCCUUCUCUGCAUUACAUUAUACAGGUCUAAUGUUUGUAGUUGCUUCUCUGUGGUUUUCUGUUAUGUGUACUCCCUUUCUGUGGUUUUCCGUUAUGUGUACUCCUUUUCUGGGGUUUUCCAUUAUGUGUACCCUUUUUCUGUGGUUUUCCAUUAUGUGUACUCCUUCUCUGGGUUGUUUCUGAAGUUUCAAUUUCAAUGCGGAGUUUAGAUUUAGCAUAAUGUUAAAAAUAAUCGAUUAAUAAUGUCCCGAGUGGUUAUUCCCCUAACUAAAAAUGUUUAAUAAACGUAACUGUUAGGACAUUUCUGGUAGUACGAUGAAGAGUAUAUGGUCAAACGUGAUUUGUGACGGAUUUUGAAAACCAACAGGAGUAGUUCAUGUUUAUUUCUUGAUAUCGUUUGGUCAAUUAUUAUGAUAGUAAUAUAGUACCCAAAAAUAACUCUAGUAUUUUUCUGGUUUUUUAAAGAUUAAUUGAGGUGUAGAUGACUUUGCACAGAAAGUUAAAAUGGUCAAUAUUUCCAACAGAAAAGACGAUGCAUAUCGGUCGAAGAAAUUCGUGAUAUUAUAUGCAAACCACGUGAACAUGUUAUUUUGAUCGUUGUGAAAACAAAAAUGUUUUUGACCUUUGUUGAACUUAACACUAAUGUUUGGAUGAUAAUCUCGCUCGACUGUAGCAAAAACAACAACCAUACAAUAAAUUAUCCAUUGUGAUCAUUA